AUGCGGUCCUCUGUGUCCCGCCAGACUUACUCCACGAAAGGAGGCUUCAGCUCUAACUCAGCCAGCGGAGGGGGCGGGAGUCGCAUGCGAACCAGCUACAGCUCAGUCACCAUGUCCAGGAGUAGUGGCAGCAGCGGUGGGGUCCGCUCUUGCCCCGGCUCUGGAGGCUUUGGCAGCCGGAGCCUCUAUAAUUUGGGAGGCAAGGGCAUCUCUGUCAGUGUGGCUGGUGGGGCCUCUUCUGGCCGGGCGCUAGGAGGUUUUGGCAGUGGGGCUUACGUGGGCCUAGGGGCUGGACGGCAGACAUUUGGACCAGUCUGUCCUCCUGGGGGGAUCCAGGAAGUCACCGUCAACCAGAGUCUGCUGACACCUCUCAAUGUGGAGAUAGACCCCGAGAUCCAGCGGGUGCGCACGCAGGAGCGCGAGCAGAUCAAGACCCUCAACAACAAGUUUGCCUCCUUCAUUGACAAGGUGCGCUUCCUGGAGCAGCAAAACAAGGUGCUGGAGACCAAGUGGGCCCUGCUGCAGGAGCAGAGUCAGAAUACAGGGGUCACCAGGAACCUGGAGCCUCUCUUUGAGACUUACCUGAGCAACUUGAGAAGGCAGCUGGAUGCCAAGCAGAGCGAGCGUGGGAGGCUGGAUAUGGAGCUGAGGAACGUGCAAGACAAUCUGGAGGACUUCAAGAACAAGUAUGAGGAUGAAAUCAACAAGCGCACUGCCUUGGAGAACGAAUUUGUGUUGCUCAAGAAGGAUGUAGAUGCUGCAUAUAUGGGCAGAAUGGACCUGCACGGCAAAGUGGACACCCUGACCCAGGAGAUUGACUUCCUGCAGCAUCUCUUUGAGAUGGAGCUGAGCCAAGUGCAGACCCAUGUGUCUGACACCAACGUGGUGCUGUCUAUGGACAACAACCGCAGCCUGGACUUGGACAGCAUCAUUGCUGAGGUCAAAGCCCAGUACGAGCUGAUUGCCCAGAGGAGCCGGGCUGAGGCUGAGUCCUGGUACCAGACCAAGUACGAGGAGCUGCAGGUGACAGCUGGGAAGCAUGGGGACAACCUUCGAGACACCAAAAACGAGAUCGCAGAACUCACCCGCACUAUCCAGAGACUGCAAGGUGAAGUGGAUGCAACCAAGAAGCAGUGCCAGCAGCUGCAGACAGCCAUUGCAGAAGCAGAGCAGCGUGGGGAGAUGGCGCUCAAGGACGCUAAGAAGAAGCUUGGAGAUCUAGACACAGCCCUGCACCAGGCCAAGGAGGACCUGGCCCGGCUGCUGCGUGACUACCAGUCUCUCAUGAACGUCAAGCUGGCCCUGGAUGUGGAGAUCGCCACCUACCGCAAGCUGCUGGAGAGCGAGGAGAGCAGGAUGUCUGGAGAGUGUCCCAGUGCUGUCAGUAUCUCGGUGACCGGCAACUCUACCUCGGUGGUUGGAGGCGGCAUGGCAGGCUUCGGGAGCGGCCUCUCUCUAGGCGGGGCUGGCGGGGCCAGCAAGGGCAGCUUCAGUGCUAACGUGAACUACGGCACUGCCAAGAGCGGGCAGGUCUCCGGGGGCACCUCCAUCCUGCGGAAGACCACCACGGUCAAGACCUCUAGCAGGAGAUACUAG